CGACAACCAACCUUUUACUGAAACUUCUGAGGCACGCGCAUUUAUUUCUGAUUGUUCCCAUCUUAGUUUAUUUGACGUAAACUUUAUGCAGACAUGCGAAUUACAAUCCCAAUUAUCGAGUCACCAUGCGCAUCAUUAAGCCAUCAUGGCUGAGCCAUAGAGGCGAACAGAAAGACUUCGAGGUCUACAGCUGCCACAUAUCGCCUGAUGGAAAGCGACUUGCAACAGCUGGUGGAGAUGGUCAUGUUCGAGUUUGGUCGACCGAAUCUAUCUACAAUGCCGACGAUCCUUCCUACACGAAGCCGAGGCAGCUCUGCCAUAUGAGCCACCAUCUCGGCACUAUUCAUUCCGUGCGAUUCUCACCCAAUGGCCGCUACCUCGCAUCAGGGGCGGAUGACAAGAUCAUAUGUAUAUACCAGCUUGAGAGUGGUCCACCUACUAUCGCGCCUUUCGGAACGAACGAGCCACCACCUGUCGAGAAUUGGAAGACUUCAAGGCGACUGAUAGGGCAUGACAAUGAUGUCCAAGAUCUUGCAUGGUCUUACGAUGGCUCGAUUCUUGUCUCUGUGGGUCUUGAUUCCAAGGUCGUCAUUUGGUCGGGACACACUUUCGAGAAGCUCAAGGUGCUUGGAAAUCAUCAAAGCCAUGUGAAGGGUAUUACUUUCGACCCGGCCAAUAAGUUUUUUGCUACUGCUAGCGAUGAUCGAUCUAUCAAGAUUUUUCGCUUUACUCCUCCCGCCCCUAAUGCGACCCAACAUGAUAUGGUUAACAACUUUCAACUCGAGACCACUAUUAGCGCCCCCUUCAAAUCAUCCCCACUCACUACAUAUUUCAGAAGGUGCUCAUGGUCACCUGACGGUAACCAUAUUGCUGCAGCUAAUGCAGUCAACGGUCCCGUAAGUUCGGUCGCUAUAAUUGAGCGAACUAGAUGGGACAGUGAAAUCAACCUGAUCGGUCACGAAGGUCCUACGGAAGUGUGUAUGUUCUCUCCUAGGUUAUUUCAUACGAAAAAGCCUGUGGAGAAUGGAGCGACUAAUGGCCAUUCUGGGGGAACUUUGGUGACGGUGAUAGCAUCGGCCGGCCAAGAUAAGACACUGAGCGUCUGGAACACGAACACGUCAAGACCUGUGGUGAUUUUGCAGGACAUGGCAUCAAAAUCAAUAUCAGACCUUGCCUGGACCCCUGAUGGUCAAAUUCUGUUUGCGUCGAGUCUCGACGGCGGCAUUGUUGCAGUCAAGUUUGACACCGGAGAAUUGGGCUGGGUGGCCAACCUGGAAGAGACGGACAAGGCCCUAUCUAAAUAUGGUGCCUCCCGAAAAGCUAUGGGAAUAGCGGAAGAUGUCGACGGGCUUCAACUUGAAAAUCAUAGUAAGGAAGGGGAGAGAAAAGGUGCCGAAUCGCGAAUGGGAGCGCUAAUGGGCGACUUUCAUCCGCUUCCUAAAGACGCUCCGCCUACAACGAAUGGAGUUAAGAGUAGCGCUGCAACACCGAAUUUGCCACCGACAAAUGGACAGACAGAUGUCCAGCCAGAGAAAGAAAAGGCUCCCGUCGUAGAAGAGUCGGCCGAUAAAACUGCUGAGCGGGUGAAUGAACUGAAAUCCCGUGUAACUAUUACCAAGGACGGGAAGAAAAGAGUUGCACCAAUGCUCAUCUCGUCAUCUGGGACCGGUCAGUCAUCACUUCCCCAGAGCCAGCUGGUGGGAUCUAGCUCCUCCAAAGCUGCGCAAAACGAUGCGCCACAAACGAUACUAGAUCUUUCGAAGCCAUACGAUGGACUGCCAGAGGGCGGUCUAGCGGCUAUGCUUCUUGGAAAUAAAAGGAAAGCGAUUGCGUCGGAGGGCGAAGAUGAUGAUGAACCUCCAAACAAGCGAUCGGCUUCUGGACCAAGAAGUAUAGUGAGAAAUGGAGUAGAAGGUCUUGAACCCGCGACUCUCGAACCGCCCAAACAUGGUCUUAUACCAACCCCUGAAUAUCUCCGACCAGCCAUCCUCAAUCCCUCUAUCGCAGUUUCUCAAGUCCGUCUAGCAGUACCUAAAGUUAGGUCACAUAUUAUCCGUCCAUUAGAACGGGGUGUCUUGCAGGAUGAAAGUAGCGUAGAGGAGGCAUCGAAAGUGCCCGAAAAUGUCAUCUUAGAAGCAAAGAAUCCGGUAUCGAUUCGAGAUCCCUCGCACAUCACGGCCACGAAGCGUGGUAGUCUACUGUGGCAAGACUACCUUCCACGGGCCAUUAUCCUUGUAACUGGUAGCAAGAGAUUCUGGGCCGCGGCAUGUGAAGAUGGCAGCUUAUAUACUUGGACUCCCGCAGGCCGUCGAUUGAUAAAUGCGAUGGUGUUGGAAUCCCAGCCGGUGAUUCUGGAGUGUCGCGAUUGGUGGUUGCUUUGUAUUACAGCGGUUGGCAUAUGUCAUGUUUGGAAUAUUAACACACUAUCCUCACCCCAUCCGCCGGUAUCUCUCGCACCUGUAUUGGAGAUUGCCAUCAGCUCGCUCCAGACACAUGGUGCCAUGCCGGGCCCUGGUGUUACAUCUGCACAUUUAAACUCCAGCGGUCAUAUUGUUGUUACCCUUACGAAUGGUGAUGGAUACUUUUAUUCCCCAACAAUGUACUCCUGGCAACGACUUUCGGAAUCAUGGUGGGCUGUGGGUAGCCAGUACUGGAACAGCAACGACUCUUCAGUUGGGGCUUUGCAGUCUACUGCAGUUGGCUCUACAUCUUCCAAAGACGGACAGAGUGAUGGAGCGACUGUUUCAGCUGGCAUUAUUCCCUACUUGGAACGACACACAACAAACGAGUUCCUGCUGAAGGGGAGAGCAUACACCUUACAACGCUUAAUCAAGACUUUACUAUCGAGGGAUGGUUUCGAGACCUUCGAGUCUAGUGUUAGUAUUGCUCAUUUAGAGAACCGAAUUGCUGGUGCCUUACAGUUGGGUUCGAAGGACGAGUUCCGACUAUAUCUGUUCAUGUAUGCGAAACGGAUCGGAGCAGAAGGGCACCGAGGGAAAGUAGAAGAGCUUCUCAACAGCUUAGUAGGAGGUGUGCUGCAAGAUAAAAAGGGGGAUAAUACAGGAGGCAAGGGAUGGUAUAGUCAAGAUGAUGAUAUUUGCGGGUGGGAUCGUAAGGACCUAUUGAAAGGCGUUGUGAUGAUUCUAGGAAAAUUCAGGGAACUCCAACGCAUUACUGUACAAUAUGCACGAAUCCUCGAGCUCACGCAUGAGGAUGACAUAACUGGCGACGCUAUGAUGGUUGAAACGUGAUGCAGCGUUUCUAGUAAAGGGGGAGUUAGGUGGAAAAUAAGGGGUGUUCAUUAUUGGCUUCUAAGGCCUAGGUACCAACCCUUGUUGUCCUUAACUAAUCCGAUAUCGAUUUGUAUUAUAACUUCAAUCUAUGACUGAAUAAGACUACAGAGUACAGUCUAGAUGAUUAUUCACCUUCUGCAGUGUCUACUUUGAUAGCGUCUACUUGGGCGGUAUGCGUGACCUAGAAUCGGAUAACGGACAGGUGACCAGCUUAGUGAAUCGACCUCUGACCGGCAUCUGACA